AUGAUCGGCAGACAGCAACCUGUCUUGGAGGGAGAAGCUGGCGGCCCAGACUAUGGAUCCCAGAGAAGCGGCUACGCGACAAGUGACUACAACCGGUGGUACACAACAACUGCAGCAGCCUACGCAAACACCACAGCUGCAGCAGCCUACGCAAGCACCAUCGCCACAGCAGCCUACGCAAACGUCUCAGUCUCAGCAGUCUACUCAGCCGCAAUCUACCAUGCCGGUUCUCAUGGCAUGGUCCAGGUGAGCAGUGCCACUGUGAAUGUGCAAGGGGACUAUGCGACGCUUUUCACGCCGGACAUGCAACAGGCUAUGGCUAUGCAUCAGUCGAGGAGCUCGUUGAUAAGUCCUCGGCAAAGAAGGCAAGAGGAAGAUGCCUCUUCCAGCAGCGUGAACCAGGAGACGAUCUUGGAAGAGGUGAGGCGGCAGGUGGCUUUGGCAAUGCAAGGCAGAGACCGAGAAGUGUCUACGCUCAAGAUGAAGAACGAAGAGUUAGAACGAGCUCUUAUGGAAGCCAACACAAGGUCGGACGGGAAGCGUCGCUGGAUCCUGGAGGUGGAAGCGGCGGAACUUCCGGAGGAAUCCAUGGUGGCGAAGAUCAUUCUGGAGCGCGGUUUCGGAGGCCGUCGGCGGAACUUCCAGGGGGUGUAUAUGGGCAAGGGCGAUGCGAGGGAUUCGGAAGUCAAGGGCACUAUCGAGUUGCCGAGCAUGCCAGAGCUGGCGGGGGAUUCGUCUGCUGUCAGUUUUUCCGACUGGUUGUACGAGACUGAGCAAGCAGUUGGAGGACUAAGUGAUCGAGCGUCGGCUUGGUUCACUAUGUGCUUGGCGUGUGCCAGGGAGACCUACGAAAGGUACCAGCAGAGCGACCCCAUAGCAAGGCUUGCGAUGGAACCUCUCUUGCCUGGUGAGCUCAAGGAUCCAAAGUGGUCACGACUGGAGCGACGUGUGCUCACUCUGCUGUUGGCUACGCUGCAGCGGCAGGCCAAGGAUGACGCGGUCACCCACAGGAUUUCUUGCGUGACGGGAUUGCUGUUCAGGCUCCACGUCCUCUACGCGCCGGGCGGUUCGGCAGAGAGGGCAUCAAUUCUUCGACACCUUGAAGGUUCCCCAGGCAGCACUCAUGUGGCGGAGGUGGUUUCUUCUCUUAGGCGAUGGCGACGCCACUUGCAACGAGCUGAAGAAAUGUUUGUGGCCGUUCCUGAUGGCUCGGUGCUACUUCGGGCACUAGAGGUGAUCUCGUCGAGGGCUGUAGAAGCGCAUCCCGAGGUGAAGUUCAGAUUGGCCCUCUCCAAAUCGCAGCUUCAACUACAGUAUAGGCCAACGGUGGAGAAUGUCUUGAAGUACUACCAGCACAUCUUGGCAGAGCUCCAGCAGGCCACGCCAGUUCGGUCAACCACUACUACAACAGGCGGAGGGGCAGAUGGAGCCAAGCUGAGAGGCAUCAACGCUCAAGGCCAAGGAGCGGGAACUGGAGAAACUAGUUCACCUACAAGGAGGGGUGGAGAUGCGGCUACCGGUUCGGGAAGGACGCCGUGCAAGUACUUCAUGUCAGACAAUGGCUGCUCCAAAGGGCAAGGCUGCAAGUUCGAUCAUGUUUUCCAGAGCAAAGAGGCCAAGAAGUUAAGAUGUUGGCAUUGUGGCUCGGUGAAACACGUUCAGAAGGGGAACCUCAUCGACUACAACCACAAGUCCGACCCUCAACCAGGUCUCUACGCAGCAACAGCAAGCGAUUUUGGAAUCAAUCCAAACGGCGAUUGGAGCAGCAACUUCUACGACUUCAGCUUCCGGACCGGGUUCUGUGAUGCAAGCGUCAACAAAUGCUACAACAGCGGCGCCUGGAACGCCGGUGGUUCAGUCAACUUCCUCUACGACUUCCACGUUGGAGAAUCCCGGUGGAAUGUGUGGACAAUGAAGGGGGUGUCUUCAGAUACGAGUCUUCAGGAGCUCAAGGUCCAAAUGGCAGGUUUGGGUUUUGAUGAGGAUGAGAGAAUGGCUCUGCUUGACAGCGGCGCCUCCCAUGCUUUCCGUGAAAGGGCUCGACAUGAGGAAGAUGGAGUUCCAGUGCGUGUAGAACUUGCAGGGGGCAAAUCAAUCACUCUCCAGCAAAACAAGGCCGGCACGCUCAUGCCUACGACGGACACCAAGGAUGCGCAGGACAUGUCAACGAUACUUCCUCUUGGUGCUCUAGUUCAGACUCUGGGCUGUGAGCUGUCAUGGACGAAAAGGGGAGGCUUGAAAAUUGUUCACCCUCAAUUUGGUGUUUUGAAGACGGUUGUCAAGGGAAACUGCCCGCUGUUGGGUGAGACGCAGGCUCUCGACUUGAUCCACCAGUUAGAGCAGAAGAAGCUUCAGGAGCUCCAGGAUGCAACGAUGCAGACCUUCCUGGGCACUCUGGACCUCGCCGAUAUCAAGGACUGGGAUGAGAUGUUUGCAACCUAUGUUCAAACAGGUGUAGAUGGUGAGCUACGGUCGCUGCUUGCUGUAAACGUUGGACUUGAUGAUGAGUCGGGGGAAGCGCUGUUCGAGAGAGACAAUGAGCCGUCAGAAGAGUUGAAGGUCGUGGAGACUGACUCUGUUAUGGUCGUCAACUUCAACCUCAACCGAAGCAAGAUGUUCACGCUCAAGGGCAACAGUGCGGCUUUUCAAGCUCUCAUGUGGGCUGCUUGCAGGGGCCAAGUUGAAGGGAUCGUCGGGGCUCCUCCUUCGAACUCCAGUUUGGAGCUGAGUACGAAACAGCUGCUUGCUUGGAUGGUGGCAAAGGAAGGAGCUAGAUUCAACAGACGCCUUAGCCCGUAUUUGGUAACAACGGCGAGCCCGGCAUCUCGGUGGUGGUCCUCCACGGUGUGGCAAGGAUUUCAGCGGGAGUACCAGAUACCAGUCUCACAUGACAUUUCAGCUGGAGUGUCGGCGUCUCCUGGCGAUGCUUUGCAACUAUGCACGGUGCAAGCUUAA